AUGGCUACGAAUACAUUAGCAUCCGUGAAUAUUAAUUGUAUUCCUGAUAAUCGUUAUGCAGUUAUUGGUGUCGUAAAUCAUAAACGAGCUCGAUUCGAAAUUGAAACAAAGAAAAAUGAACAAAAUGCUGAACAAACCAAAAGAAAUCCAAUUAAUCUUGUAUUAGUACUUGACCGCAGCGGCUCAAUGUUAUCAAAAAACAAACUAGAAUUUGCAAAACAAGCUGUUAUUUCAGUACUUGAUUUGCUUCAUGAUGACGAUAUUGUUCAUCUCGUAGCUUAUGAUGAUAAGAUUUUGAAUAUUUUUGAAGAUGCUCCUGCAUCAAAUCGUCAAGCUCUUUAUUCAACAGUAAGACAAAUUACAACUGGUGGUUCUACAAAUUUAUCUGGUGGUAUUAAAAGUGGUGCGGAUCUUUUUGAAAAAUAUCCACAUCCUGGUUAUUCUAAACGAAUGUUUGUCUUGUCCGACGGAUUAGCUAAUAUUGGUUUACAGUCAAAAGCAGAAAUCAAUAGAUUCGUUAAAAAUUACAAUGAAAAAGGUAUCAUUAUUGAUUCAUUUGGUGUUGGUGAAGAUUUUGAUGAAGGAAUAAUGAAAGGUAUUGCUGAAUCUGGUAAUGGGCAGUUUUUUUUUCUUGAAACAGCUGAGGUUAUUGUUCAGUUAAUGACGAAUGCACUUCAAAGUGUUUUUGAUGUUUGUGGUACACAAGCUCAAUUAAUUGUUCGUGGUAUCAAUAAUGGAAUUGUAACAAAAAUAUGGGGUUAUACAAAUACUGCUCAGGGUGCAAAUCUUGGUGAUCUUCAUGUUGAUAAUCUGCGUGUUAUUCUUUGUGAUUUUACAGUUUCGGCAUCAGUACCGGAUGGUACAGAAAUAGAUGUUCUUGAAUAUGAGUUGCGAUACAAUCAUCCUAAUGAUAUUCAAAGUGAGCCAUUCAUAGUUACUGGUAAAUUACCAAUAAUAUUUGUUGGUGAUGAAUCAUUAACUAAAAAAAUUGAUCCAAAAGUACAAACAUUACAUGCUGUUCAAGUCGCAGCAGAAAUGGAUGAUCGAAUUGUUGAUUUAAUAAAUCGUCGUCAAAGAGAUGAAGCUAUUGCAUUAAUUGAUGAACAAAUUCAACUUCUUCAACAAGUAGAACAUUUAGAUGAUGAAAGACAUAUGAUUGCAAUGUUACUUCGAAUGGCUAGAAAUAUGCAAAAACGAUUAAAAGAACAAAAUGUUAGUGAAAAAACAGCUGCAAAAUCUUAUCAUCAUAAGUCUCAUAUGAAAAAACAUUAUGAUUAUAAAUAUACAAACUAUUAUGAUGAAGAUGAAAAAGAAGAUGACUAA